AUGGCUGGUCUAGCGAACAUCGAAAAUGCCAGACCGGUGGCAUAUCCUCUCACCCCAGCCCUCGAUACACGCCAUGACCCUGACCCUGCGAUGCAUUGGGGCCACGGUCACAACUAUUCUAGGAUGAUGGCACCCAACCUGUCGACGACACAGCCUGGGGUCGUCAUGGAACUGCCUUUGAUACCUCUCCAAUCGACCAAGCAGCAUUGGGUCGAGCCCCAACGCGCCGCGGUCCCAACGAUUCCUCAGAACUACAGCUACAGCUCGCUAGCGUCUCUAGACGUUGCCGGUGCUCAGUAUGUCGAACCACAGCUGGCCUCCAGCGAUGUCAAUAUCUCCAGUGUCAGCAUGCCAGCAACACCCCUCCAGAGAAACCGUACAGUCUCCGGCUCUCCGCUCGCACCAAAGCUGCCGAGCAACGAAGAAUUAUCCCAUCUAUGUAAAUUUUUCAUUAUGAAUCUGCUGGUGCACAUUCCGAUCUUGACCGAGGCUGAUGUCGGUGACUUUGACGACAUGAUCAAGCACAACAAGAGACAACUGGCCUACAGUAUGGCCUAUGUCGCCGCGCGAUUUGUGCCUGGAUGUCAGCCAAUUCGCGCCAUGCUUGUCCCGGAGCUCCUCUCCAUGCUCAGGAUCCGCUUUGAUCCAUCCGGGCGUGAUGAUGCCGAGUGUUGGACGCUGCUCCAAGCAUUUGCUGUUCUAUGUACCUGGGCAACGCCGCACAACAUUCACGUCCCUGCCGCCGGGGGCGAAGAUUGGGAACUGGAGCUCCGGCAGGACACCCUCAGAGCUUCCCUGGAGAUGAUGGCCACGGCGUGUUCGGUUCACAGAUCCGGCGAGGAGGUGAUACGUCUCCUCAAGCACGAAAGACGAAGCGAUGUUCCUCAAUUGCUCGUGUUUCGCAAGUACUGUUAUUGGCUGUGGAUGUUUAGCACGGCUCAGUUCCAAUCGUUGCUGCUUCGGACGCCGCCGACCAUACGUGAAGAUGCCACCAUCAGGUGGGCAAAUCAACAUCUCGAGCAGUACACAAAUGAUGAAUGCACACGCCGCAUUCUCGCCGACGUCAGCCUGGCCCUACUUUGGGACAUAAGCGCUCUCAACGACCGCUCCCUGGCGGAAUGGUGGUGCUCCAUACCAAUAGAAACAGACGUAAAUUCAGCGCUAGCCCUACUGACCACCCUGGAUGAUGGCUUGAACCAGUGGCGCCGACGGUGGAUCAGGCCGACUCAACCUCACCAGCAACAUCAACACAGCAGUGACUUUGCCUCGGACCCGGCGCGCAGCAGCUGCAUUGAUCUCUAUCAACGCUUCUCGCGCUUCUGCAUAAGCACGCACGCCAACAAGCUGUUUCAGUCAUCGGCCACGGCAGAAAACCUUCCUCUGUCGGUCGUGAGCCUUGUUACGCAGUCGGUAGAGAGGGCAUCAACCCUCUGCCACCUCUUCCUGGAGCUAACACCGCUGGUCAAAUCGUCCAUCCGCUUCGCGCCGGAGUCCACCUUCGCCAUGGUGGCCUUCGCCUGCGAGUGGGUCAUUCGUGCAAAGUGCCUCUUCCCCGGCAUGGAGUGCGUCAGGCCGCAGGACCUGAACGUCGUCCGCGGGGUUGCGGAGCUCAUGAUCGACCUCGGCGUCGACAACAAGCACAGCGCCAGGAUCGUCGGAGAGAGCGUCCUGGCGAGAUUACAUGCCGCCAUGAAGUCCGACUCGCGCUCGUCUCCGUGGACUCCCGCUCACCAGGAUCCGCCGUGGGCUACUCCCACCUCCAACGUCGGCUCGCGGUCCCUGAUCGAGUCGGUCACUGCAAUGGAUGAAAUUUGGCCGCUCCGAAGCCCAUCCAUUCAGCGGCCGCAGUCAAAUGGAACGAACUUGGGUCUAGCUAUAUCUUCGACCGAAGGCCACGACGUCUUUUCCGCCAGCUACCCUCCAGGCGCAGAAUACUUCCAAUAUGACCCUACGUGGUCUAUAUGA